AAAUUCAUCACCAAUUCUAACUCAACCAUUCACCUCUCUCUCUCUCUCUCUGCGACUGCUGGUGCGCCAGAGUUUGAGAGACCUUGUUACUAUUCAGCCGGUGCACCAUUUCCCCGGAAAUCGGAGACCGAGGAUCAUGACGCAACAGCCACCGCCUCCUCCUCCGCCACUGUCUGCUUCGGAAGGAACCGCUCCGCAGGGUGUGCAGGUCAGGUGCGCGGGUUGCCGGAUGAUACUGAGCGUGGGGAGGGGAGUGAUGCAGUUCUCUUGCCCUACCUGCCACUUGCCCCAGAUGCUCCCUCCCGAGCUCACCACCCCCGCCAAUCCUCCUCCUAACUACAAUUCUUCCGAUAACACUACCCCCAACAGAGUCCCCCAAUUGAAGCCAGCCCACGGCAUCGAUCCCACCAAGAUCCAGCUUCCUUGCGCUCACUGCAAGGCCCUCCUCAACGUCCCCCAUGGCCUCUCUCGCUUCAAGUGCCCUCAGUGCGACACCGACCUCGCUGUCAAGCAGCCUUUUCUUCCUCUUCCUCCUCCUCCUCCUGAGGACGUCAACGAGGUGGCCAUUGAAGUGGAGCGCGAAGAAGAUGAAGGUGGGAUGUUGGGAGAAACUUUUACAGACUACCGACCUCUCAAAUUAUCCAUUGGACCUCCUCAUCCGGAUCCAGUUGUUGAGACAUCAUCGUUAUCUGCAGUUCAACCUCCCGAGCCUACGUACGACAUGAAAAUUAGGGAUAAGUUGGAGACCUCAAAGGUCUUGUCAUGCUUGCAAAUCGAGACACUGGUCUACGCUUGUCAGAGACACCUUCAGCACCUGGCCAAUGGCAUUAGGGCUGGAUUUUUUGUUGGAGAUGGAGCUGGUGUGGGUAAAGGUCGAACUAUUGCUGGGUUAAUAUGGGAAAAUUGGCAUCAAGGAAGAAAAAAAGCGCUGUGGAUAUCUGUUGGUUCUGACUUGAAGUACGACGCCAGAAGAGAUCUGGAUGACGUAGGUGCAACUUGUGUUGAAGUGCACGCUCUGAACAAGCUUCCUUAUUCAAAGCUCGAUUCCAAGUCUGUUGGGGUGAGAGAAGGGGUAGUGUUUAUGACAUAUAGCAGCCUUAUAGCAUCUUCUGAGAAAGGACGGUCUCGUCUGCAGCAGCUUGUACAGUGGUGCGGACCUGAAUUUGAUGGGCUCGUCAUAUUUGAUGAGUGCCACAAGGCCAAGAAUUUGGUGCCUGAAGCUGGAAGCCAAUCAACACGAACAGGUGAAGCAGUUCUUGAGAUUCAGGCCCGACUUCCUGAAGCUCGUGUCAUUUAUUGCUCUGCAACUGGUGCAUCUGAACCCCGCAACAUGGGUUACAUGGUGCGCCUUGGACUUUGGGGAGCUGGAACAUGCUUUUCGGAUUUUAGGGAAUUCUUGGUUACUCUUGAGAAGGGUGGUGUUGGGGCCCUAGAACUUGUUGCAAUGGACAUGAAAGCAAGGGGUAUGUAUGUGUGCCGUACACUUAGCUAUGAAGGCUCGGAAUUUGAAAUUGUGGAGGCACCUCUUGAAGAAAAUAUGAUGGACAUGUAUAAAAAGGCAGCGGAGUUUUGGGCUGAGUUGCGAGUGGAACUGCUGACAGCAAGUUCCUUUCUCACUGAUGAAAAACCAAAUACCAGUCAAUUGUGGAGAUUGUAUUGGGCAAGCCAUCAGAGAUUCUUUAGACACAUGUGUAUGUCCGCAAAGGUGCCUGCAGUUGUGAGAUUAGCGAAGCAGGCAUUGAUAGAAGAUAAGUGUGUUGUUAUUGGCCUCCAAAGCACUGGAGAGGCAAGGACUGAGGAAGCUAUCACAAAAUAUGGUCUUGAACUUGAUGAUUUUGUUUCGGGUCCUCGAGAACUGUUGCUGAAAUUUGUUGAAGAAAAUUAUCCUCUGCCUGAAAAACCCGAACCUCUAUCAGGAGAGGAAAGUGUGAAGGAACUUCAAAGGAAGAGGCAUUCAGCCAGACCUGAUGUGUCAAUAAAAGGAAGAGUCAGGAAGGUUGCAAAAUGGCAGCCUGCUAGUGAUGAUGAAAGUGAUGAAGAUGAUGAUUUAGCUGAUUCCGCACAUGACUCGGCUGAAUCUGAUGAUGAGUUUCAAAUCUGUGGAAUAUGCAAUGGCGAAGAGGGAAGGAAGAAGUUGCUUCAGUGUUCGUGCUGUGGUCAACUGGUUCAUCCUGCUUGUCUUGUCCCGCCUAUGGAAGACAUAGUAUCUGAAGAAUGGUCGUGUCACUCAUGCAAGCAAAAGACAGAAGAAUAUCUUCAAGCUAGACAUGUAUACGUCCAAGAACUUUUGAAGAGGUAUGAAGCAGCUUUGGAGCGGAAAGCAAAAAUUCUGGAGAUAAUACGUUCACUGGAUCUUCCAAAUAACCCUCUAGAUGACAUCAUUGAUCAGCUUGGAGGCCCUGAUAAAGUUGCAGAAAUGACUGGAAGGCGAGGAAUGCUUGUUAGGGCCUCCAGUGGGAAAGGUGUUACUUAUCAGGCACGUAACACGAAAGAAGUCACGAUGGAGAUGGUCAACAUGCAUGAAAAGCAGCUCUUUAUGGAUGGUAAGAAGUUGGUGGCUAUAAUCUCUGAGGCUGGAUCUGCUGGUGUUUCUUUGCAGGCAGAUAGAAGAGCAUUAAAUCAGAAAAGAAGGGUGCAUUUGACGUUGGAACUUCCUUGGAGUGCUGAUCGGGCAAUUCAACAAUUCGGCAGAACUCAUCGGUCAAACCAAGCUUCCGCACCUGUGUACAGGCUGCUCUUCACCAAUCUUGGUGGUGAACGUCGGUUUGCAUCUAUCAUUGCCAAGAGAUUAGAGUCUCUGGGAGCCCUAACACAAGGAGAUCGCCGCGCGGGACCAUCUUUGAGUGCCUACAAUUAUGACAGCACAUAUGGAAAGAAGGCCUUGAUGUUGAUGUAUAGGGGAAUAAUGGAGCUGGAUUCCCUUCCAAUGGUACCUCCAGGAUGUUCAUCUGAAGAACCUGAUAAAGUCCGGGAUUUUAUGGUGAAGGCAAAGGCUGCAUUAGUGUCGGUUGGGAUAGUUAGGGACACAGUUGUUGGGAAUGGAAAAGACAAUUUUAAGAUUUCUGGUCGUAUAAUUGAUUCAGACAUGCAUGAUGUUGGUCGCUUUCUCAAUCGACUGUUGGGGCUGCCACCUGAGAUUCAGAAUAGGCUUUUCGAGCUAUUUGUCGGCAUUCUAAAUCUGGUCAUUCAAAAUGCACGCACUGAGGGGCAUCUUGAUUCAGGCAUUGUUGACCUGAAAGCAAAUACUAUAGAACUACGAGGAACUCCAAAGACUGUUCAUGUUGAUCCUACAUCUGGUGCAUCAACAGUGCUCUUUACUUUCACUCUGGAUCGUGGAAUCACUUGGGAGUCUGCAAGCUCCCUGCUAGAGGAGAGGCAAAAGGAUGGCAUUGGUUCAUUGAGUGAUGGUUUCUAUGAGUCCAAGAGAGAAUGGUUGGGAAGGCGUCAUUUCAUCUUAGCGUGUGAAAGCUCUACUUCAGGAAUGUUCAAGAUAAUCCGGCCAGCUGUUGGGGAGUCAUUGAGGGAGUGGCCUUUAGUGGAGCUGAAAAACAAGUACAGAAAAAUGAGUUCCUUGGAGAAGGCUCAAAGCAGUUGGGAAGAUGAAUAUGAAGUAUCUUCUAAACAGUGCAUGCACGGCCCCAACUGUAAAAUUGGCACUUAUUGCACUGUUGGGAGGAGACUACAGGAAGUAAAUGUCCUGGGUGGCCUCAUUCUUCCUGUCUGGGGCACUAUCGAAAAGGCCCUUGCUAAGCAGGCUCGGCAAAGUCAUAAGCGCCUCCGUGUUGUGCAUAUUGAAACUACUAAUGACAGACAGCGUAUUGUGGGGCUUUUUGUACCAAAUUCAGCCAUUGAAUCUGUGCUCCAAGGUUUGGCGUGGGUUCAGGAUAUAGAUGAUUGAGAUGGCAGUUCAGCAUUUUCAUGAGUAAAUAGAUUUGACAGCCAAGUUAAAUGGCUCCGUCAGGACACCGCAACCUUAAUUAACCGAGUUACGGUAUGCAGGCAGGCAGACUUCAAUUUGUGGGAAAUGUAGGCUAACAUUCCAUUGUGGGAAAGUAUGCCCUACCACAAGAAAUUGCAUUUUUAAUCAUGUAUAUUGUUGCUCCAUUUUUGGGCGCUGAUUUUGUAUACGAAGGAGGUCUUGUCAAGAAAGGGGAGGGAUGGGUUGCUUGAUAUGUAGUUGGGAAUGAAUGUCUCGUGAACUAAGUUGCAUCAAUCCUCAUAGGGACUCAUAUGAACAAUGCAGGGAUAUUAAAUCUUUCACUCUGUUUAAGUCGACGUUUGCUUCCUCCGUGAAGUUU